GGUAAAGGGAAGCUGCUCCCACCUGGCAGGGCCGUGUAGGGUCGACACUAGACCCGGCCAGGUCGCUUGAGUGCAUGUUUAUGGUGGCGAGACACAAGGUGGGACUUCGUGAUGCAAUUUGAGAGAGGCGACACUGAAGGGCACCUACAACUUGAAUCUGGACUUCAGGGAAGACGAGGAGUGACUUUAGGGUUCCCCUCAAGUAGGCGAGCUUGAGGGUGGCAGCCAUAUCUGCACCUACGGACUGCAAGUUGCUGCUUUGAUCUUCAACAUYGACGGGGGAUCCGGCUUUGUACUUUGGGGUAGAUGUUGACCCUCCUAGAUGAUAGGACACUAGUGUAGAGGAUGCUAAUUGGGUCAGGAGGACUAUGUGAGAGUGGGGUGAGUUCUUUUCAUCUCAAGAGCCCGGCCACUCAGGUAAGUGUCGUGCCACCAGGGUGCCCAGUAAGUCCAGACCCCGCUGCUGCUGCAGCGGCAAGUGGUGGUGCAGGGACUCUUGGAACUGUUGCAGCCCCGGGCCCGGACCCAGCAAUAGCUGGGCCAGGCGGCAGCUUUGCUUACAUCGACAGGAAGGCGGCGCAGAUUCCGUCCAAGUAUGACGGAAAGGACGACGUCGAGUCUUGGAUCAGCUCUAUGCGGUCCUACUUUGAUGUAUUGGGGACACCGUCGUCCACUCAGUCGUCUAUCCUGGGGACCAAUGUGGAGCCCGUCGUGCGGGGUUUCCUAGAAACCCAAGCUGUCCAAUCAGGCUAUAAGAGAAUAGACCUGAACAAAUGGCUAAAGGCUACGCCUACUACCGUACUUGAGGAUCUCUUGAUCAAGCAAUAUGCUGAUCCACAUGCUGCAGCUAAAGCAAGACUCAAGCUUGACAAGCUCAAGCACAGCAAGUGGACAGGCACCAUGCACAGUCUGCAGCAGUACGUCAGUAAACUCUUUGCUACUCCGGAUCUGGAGAUGACUGCGCAGUCUUGCUUGGAUGUGAUAAAAGGUGAGUGCAAGGUCUUCAGCAAGAUCGACCUCAAAUCAGGUUAUCACCAGAUUGAAGUCGAACCUGCCGACCAACACAAAACUGCAUUCAAAACUCGCGAUGGACUGUACGAGUUUACAGUUAUGCCCUUCGGUCUCACGAAUGCACCAACCACCUUCCAAAGUCUCAUGGACAAAGUGUUUCCCAAUCAGAUCAACCGAUUUGUUGUUGUAUAUCUGUAUGACAUUCUUAUCUUCAACAAAUCAAUGGGGGAGCACAUGAGACACCUUGAGGAACUGAUGCAGAUCCUCAAGGACGCGCAACUCCAUCUCAACUUGGAGAAAUCUGAGUUUGGGAGGGACAGCGUCAUCUACCUUGGACAUCGGUUGUCUGCUGCAGGCCUAGAGCCCGAGGCAACCAAGGUGGAGGUCAUCCAAAAGUGGCCCCAACCUGCGAAUGUCCGCGAGUUGCGUUCUUUUCUUGGUCUGCCUAAAUUUUCUAUCAUUGCCCGUCCAUUGUCUAGACUAACCAGCAAGAAUGUGUCCUACACAUGGGAUGAGGAGUGCACGACAACCUUCGAAGCACUAAAGGAGGCUUUGGUGAGUCAUCCGGUGCUCCGCAUUGCAGAUCCCAAGCUUACAUUCGUAGUAACCACGGAUGCAAGUUUGUAUGGGAUUGGUGCAGUGUUGCAGCAAGAUGAUGGUGAUGGCUUACGCUGCUAUAAUCGUGUUGCGGAUGCUUUGUCUCGCCACCCUGAGUACAUGACUUGCCUAGUGGGUUCCUACGAUCUUCGCAAGAACUUUCAGAGGGAACUCAUUGAGCACACUGCCAAGGAUCCGGAACUCAAUCCCAUCCUUGAGCAGAUUCGGGCUGACCCUAGUAGUCAGCCUGAUUUCCAUGAAUGCAAGGGCCUUCUCUUCCGACGCUACGGUAAGCACGACCGGUUGUGUGUACCCAACCAUGAGCCAAUCAUCACUCACUUCUUGGAUUUGGCUCAUGGCCGGAGUGGACAUUUCGGUGUUGAGAAGACAUACGGGAAUCUGUUGGAAAAGUUUGUGUGGCCUGGUAUGAAAAGAAUGGCGCAAUGGUUUGUGGUUGAGUGUGAAGUUUGUCAAUGCAUUAAACCGUCUCGGCAGAAGCCUUAUGGGCUGUUGCACCCUCUUCCUAUUCCUGACGGUCCGAGAGAGUCUGUUUCUAUUGACUUCACGGACAUGGGGAAGAAGAGCAGAAACGGUUAUUCCCAAGUUAUGGUGAUUGUCGAUCGUUUUUCGAAGUUUUUGAAUCUGAUCUCACUACCAUCUCAUGCCCCAACUGACCUUGUGAUCAAAGAGUUUCACAAAAGAUACAUUCUGCAGUGUGGGCCCCCGAAAACUCUUGUGAGUGACCGGGACACUAGGUUCAUAAGCGCAGAAUGGAAGGACUUCACCUCCCAGGUUUAUGACAUGAAACUCAAGAUGACAUCUCGUCGACAUCCCGAAGCCAAUGGACUGGCCGAGGAGAUCAAGCAGACUGUGAUCCAACUUCUUCGAGCCCUAAUUGUGUCUGAUCAGAACUCUUGGGAUGAGGAAUUGCCGAUCGUGCAAGGGUUGUACAACAACUCCAUCCACUCCUCCACCGGGAUGACGCCUAACCGGCUGCAUCUUGGAUGGAAAAUUCGCAAUCCUCUAUCCUACCUGUUCCCUGAACAGGCUCCUGGUCUGACACCUGGCCAGCCAGGCUACAGCGCUAAGUUUGAUCGGUUGCUUAAGGUUGCUGUCGCAGCUAUGGAAAGGCGACGCAGUGCCAUGAUUAAACAUGCUAAGAAGAAGCGCCAGCCUGCACCAUUCACAGUGGGAAGUUAUGUCUGGGUCAAAAUGUUUGAGUUUUCUGAAGAAGAAGGUGUAUCACGAAAGCUUCUUCCUCAGUACUACGGUCCGUGGUAGGUCUUGAACCAGGAUCGUAACAAAUUCCGGUUUCCGAG